AUGGGCCGAGCUAUCAUGGCAAUGCUGCCGCCGUGCAAUUUCCUCACGCUGCACUAUCUCUAUUUCAUCGCGACGUGUCUGGUGGCCAGCAUCAUUUUCUACUUGACUUCCACCCCGUGGAAGAGUGUGGCCUAUGUCGAUGCCAUCUUCUUGUGUGUUAGUGCCAUGACUGGUGCGGGUUUGAAUACGGUGGACCUGUCAACCUUGAAUACCUUCCAACAAGCUAUCCUGUUCAUCCUCUUGAUCUUGGGAUCGGCCAUUCUCAUCUCGAGUACCGUCCUCAUGGUGCGUAAGCAGGCAUUUGAGGACAAGCUGAAACACGUCUCCGAAGAGCGUGAAGCGUCUCGUCGUCCCUCGGCCCUGGAAUUGCAGAAUUCCACGCCGGAACAAGAUGCUCCUCUCGAUGAAGGAGACAGCCAGGUUCAGCCGAAAGGGGCGGUGGAGGUUCGAGAGAAUCCCGCUGGAUGCUCGGCCCUCCGUGAUGAUCAGAUUCAAUGGGUGGAUGACGAUCAAAUCACCGUUGGCGAUGUUCAAACCCGUCAACACCAUCACCACCACCGGGUCUUUCCUAUGGCUGGCGUGGGCGCCCGACCAGACCUCAACAACCAUCCCCGCGAUGUUCCACCAUUGCCUCUGUAUACUGACGAUUCCUCAGCCUUCGGACUCAAGGGAAUCAUCCGCGGUACACAGAAAUACUUUUCCUCCAAGGGCUUUAUCUCACGCAACUCGCAAUUCUACGGCUUGACAUCUGUGGAGCGCGAGAAACUCGGCGGUGUCGAAUACAAGGCGGUCUCCUUCUUAUCGGUAAUUGUCUCGUUAUACUUUAUCAUGUUUUUGCUUCUCGGCAUCAUCGGUAUGGGCGUAUGGCUUGAAGCGAAUCAUCCCGAAGUUUCCGAAGUCAAUGGGCUUUCGCCGUUUUGGACCGGCGCGUUUUUUGCAGUUUCUGCAUUUGUGAACAGUGGCAUGUCUCUUUUGGAUGAGAACAUGACUGCUUUGCAAUUAAAGUAUGAUUUUCGGCCUAUCCAAUCUAUGAUGGUAUGCUGA